AGUCUACCGCGGACCAUCGCGAACCCCUUCGGAUCCAGCAUCCUCGGCGAAUCGCUUCAACGGACGGAUCCGCCGCGAGGGAAAAGGAAAAACGCGAUCUGGAGCCCGUUCGGCCUGAUCUGGGACCGGAAAAUACUGCAAGAGCAACGGAGACGGAAACGGAGACGAAGACGGAGGAGCAGAGGCCGGUCGUGGGAGAGGAAGGGAGUACCGACUCGCUCGUAGCGGCGCACCAGGAGAAGGAGGAGGAGGAGGACCACGACGACGAAGAGCGAGAAAGAGCAGGAUCCUCCAGUGAUACGACACCGGGCAGCACGCGCGCCGGCUCGUCGGCUUUAUCGCGCGCGAACUGGAAACGAACUUGUUCGUUCAACUCCGCCCGAAGCGCGCGAUUUCGAACCUACGGGAUACCACAGUUGUUUACUUAUGCUCAGUGAAUCGAUUCAUAGGAUUAUCUACACGAAUCACUGGUCGAUCGCUUAGGAAUCGACUGUUGGAGUGACUGCGACUGGUUCCUCGGAUCAAUUUUGGACAACUGACAUCGCGGAAAUAUUUCUCCGAAGACUUUCUUCCGCGUACCAUCCACUCGCCGAGUGAAAUUCGAUCCACCGGUGUCGCGCUUUCUACCCAUCUUUCGGCCAUUUCAAACGGAUCUCGCAAAAUACUCUUUCGAUUCGGUCGUCCUCCAGUGAAAACGCAAACAUCUCCAGCUAACUUGUCCGCCGCGCCGGUUCCGCGAGUGUCCUACUCGUCGCGCGAUCACAGCGACGGACGAAAUUCUCUGGAUAAGUAACUUUUGUUUCGACUUUUCGUGGAACCAACGGAAGUCGACACGAUGGUGUAAACGUUCCAAAUUUUGAUUCGAAUAAUAUUCCGCCGUAUUCUCGCGCAAAGGAUAUCCGUCGAUCGAUCGCGAUCGCAGUGCUCGUCAGCGUUGUCAAAGAAUUCCCGUUUCCCGUCGUUUCGUUUCGAUUCGGUCGUCCAACCGUCGCUAGCACGGAUAAGACUGCGAUGGUGACGCGUGCGUCUCGGUGACGUCGUGACAUGUGCGAUAGCCCGUUAUCGUCGUCGUGGUGGUCAUCGUCGACGGGAAGAAAGGGAUCGCCGGCGGUAGUUGUCGGCUGGCGGGAAACAGCCAGAGGCAGGAGCACGUGGACGACAGGCACCGCGACGAGGGCCGGCGGCGCGACAGGUUGAAAAGAUGCUGGCACUGGCGAUGCGCCGCGAACACACGACCGGCCGCAGUAAUUACGAGCCCGCGAAUCCGCUCGCGGGUUUCGAGCACUUGCAGCACAACAGCGGCGGCAAUCCGUUCGCGGUUGUUCCCGCGUCGUCGGAGGCCCGGCUGCGCGAACCCGGCCCGGAGCCCGACGGCGAACUGCAAGAGUUCGUAGACAUCGCCCAGGUUCAGCAACUUUUGCAGCAACAGCAACAGCAACAGCAACAACAGCAACAACAACAGCCGCAACAUCACCACCAUCAUCAUCAGCAACAGGUGGCGGCGGCCGCGGCCGCGUCUUGCAUCUGGGGAGCGGUUUAUCCUCCGCCGCCGCCUGCGCUGGGAUAUCAUCAUCACCACCAUCACCAUCACCACCCGCAGCCACCACCUUCAGGCGAGGACACGCAGUGCGGUACCGAGGAAGCUGUCGUCGUUGGCCAGGGAGGCGACCCGCUCCAGAGGAUGACGAUGGACGGCAUGGAAGUGGUGGGCACGCAGCCCCACGCAGCCACCAGCCCGUUUCUGCUCUCGUCGCCGCCCCUUGGCCAUCAUCAUCAUCAUCAUCAUCACCCCACCUUCAAUCUCCAAACGGUGCAACUCAGCUUCGACGCGUGUCUACCGUACAACGCGGCGACGUCCUCGAACUCGAUUGUUUGCGGUGUCGGCGCCACGUCGUCGCCAGUUCCCACCACUUGCACCUCUUCGACGAAUUCCAACAAAACGAUACCCACCCUCUCUUUGCACCCGCAACAUCAAAACAAUACCGAUACCACGGAACACCAUGGCCCGCAACACCAUCACCAUCAUCAUCACCAUCAUCAACGGCUCGGUGACCAUCAGCAUCAUCGACACGUCGAUGCCUCCUCGCCGUCCAACGACUCCACCGACGGUAAACGACGGUUGCAGUCCGGCAACGACGAGAAGGACUGCUCGAGGGACUGCAGGGACGAUCUUCAGGAUCCUAUCGAGAAGGAUAAGCCAGGUGACCUAAACACGCCGGUUACCACCAGCAGCGAUUUACCGUCCUUCUUCGGCCCCUCCGCGCUCGUCGAGCCACCUCCUAUUUCAGGCAGCCUGGCGGGCGAAGAUCUUUCCCUGGAAGAGGCGACAGCGGAGGACGAUGAGACGACAACAUCAGCCAGCAGGGAUCACCGACAUCAUCAUCACCAAGAGUCUCAGGACAACGGUACGCCUGGGGCGCCUUCGUCGAACAGUCCGCCGCGUCAUCAUCAAGCUCAAGACGACGCGGAUCGUUGCAACGUACUGCAAGGCGGUGUGAUCCUCUACUCUUCCCCGCAUUCCACGUCGUCGGUGUCAUCGGCGCCCGCGACCAGCGUCAACAUUUGCAACGUGCCGACGCUGACCUACCGCGGUGUCUUUACCACCACCUGCGCCCAAUCCUCGCCUCUGAAUACCCUGCAAAAUCAACAGCAGCAGCAGCAGCAGCAGCAGCAACAACAACAACAACAACAGCAACCCCAACAGCAACAGCCGGCGAGUCAGGAGCUCUGGGGUCCGUUACCCUCGCCGACCCUGACCUUGACGGGUCAACCGUUCCUUCACCCCACUCUGCACUCGUCCCCGUACGGCGGUGAGACCGUCGAACUUCUCCAGGUCGAAUCGAAACCACCCCCGCCGCCAGGUUACCACGAUACGCCUACCUCCACCCCGGCUGGCUGGUUAACGGCGCACGAAGAGGCUUACGACCCGAAUCUCCUGUCCCACCACCAUCCUCAUCACCAUCAUCAAGAGACGACGCUGAAGCAGGAGCCGACAGGGACGGGCGGAUACGGUCCAGCCGUUCAACAGCAGCAACAGCAACAGCAACCUCAGUCGAGUCAACAACAGCAACAGCAACCUCCACCAUCCGCUGGUACGGGCGUUCAGCUCGCCGAAUACAACCCUAGCACGUCCAAGGGGCACGAGAUUCUCUCGCAGGUUUACCAACAGAGCGCUCUGCCACUCAGGCUGGUCCCGGUGAAGCCGCGAAAGUAUCCGAAUCGACCGAGCAAAACUCCGGUGCACGAACGACCAUACGCUUGCCCGGUGGAUGGUUGCGAUCGUAGGUUUUCUCGCAGCGACGAGCUCACCCGACACAUUCGUAUUCAUACCGGCCAAAAACCGUUUCAAUGUCGCAUCUGUAUGCGCUCUUUCUCCAGGAGCGAUCAUCUGACCACUCACGUUAGAACUCACACCGGCGAGAAGCCUUUCUGUUGCGAUCAAUGCGGUAGGAAGUUUGCGAGGAGCGACGAGAAGAAACGACACGCCAAGGUGCACCUAAAACAGAGGCUGAAGCGCGAGGCUACCCAUGCCUCGGCCAGAAAUCACCCUCAGAGCCACGCUUCGCCGCCUUGCAAUCAGUAGAAGGCAUCCUUCGAUCGGUUGACGAUCAACGUCGAUCUCCACGCGCAUUCCUUCGAUCUUUUUGCCAAUCGUGCUCACUCGCGAUGCAGCUUCUCUCCUUGCCAGGCGACGAGGAAACGACGGAGACCUUUAGGCGGAACGCACAGACUGCCGUCACCGACUGAUCCGUCAUCGAUCGUCGUCGGUUUGCCAGCGAUCGGCCUCCAUCGGCCCCCAUCGGCCCCGAUGGACUCUCGACGCUGCAUUUUCGAUGCUGUAACCACGCGUGAUACCGAAUUUUCGGACAUUAGUAUGUAAGAAAUCCCAGGAGGAUUUAUCGUCGAAUCCUUUUGUAAAUAUCCGUACGUGGACAUUUUUAUUUUUCAACGUCGAACGGAACCGCGUGUCCGUCGCUUGCAUGUGCAAUCGGAUCGAUUCAUCGACUCUCUCGCGAGCUGUGCUUCUCGUCGAGAAUGAUCGAGAGAACGCGAAAUUGCAAUCUGUCGAGCAUCUCCGGGCAAAGUCGCGUUCUCGCCUUCUUCUCUUUCGAGUUCUUCUUUUCCGUCUUUUGUUGUCCUCGUUGGGUUCCUUACGCCCGCGGUCUGUACCCGCGCAUCGCAUCGUUACGAGACUGUCGCUGUAGUUGCAUUUAGCUUUCGCGGUGGAACGAGUUUGAACGGACGAACGAUUCCUAGCUCUACCGGGUACGCUGUUAAGUUGUUUCGCUCGACUACGGUCGGUAUCGGUUCUCGAAUGCGAACGUUCGAAACGAACAACACGUCGGGGAUCGUUAUUUACGGGCUCGCGUUUUAUGCACUUGUUUGCGAUCGGGAACGAUCCAGAGAGAAGCGGAUGCGAAAAAUCUCGCGUUGAAUACGUGCGCGAAAUAUUCCGGUGUCACGAGAUACUGCAACCACGUUCUCGUACGGAUGGCGUAGAAUCGAUACCGCCCGCAGCUUCCGGGAAUCUGGGAGGAAUUCAUCGAAGGAGAUAGAGAGAGACGGCGCGCAUUCGAUCGCAUGCAAACGAGCGCGGAAAAGGAAAAAUGCUGCGCGCGCGCCCUUCUUCAAUCGAUCGGGGAUCGAGCGUGUAUCGAUCCCGUCGACUUCCUCGCGAUCGAUAACGGAUAGACGAUUCCCGAUCUUUGUCGUGCGAGCGUCCGUCCAGUGCCGGACUAAGAUUUUCGUAAUCCCUGAGAAACAAGUCGAAAAAAAAUAAAGCUACAAUCACUGUUUACCAUUACAUUUUAAACACAACAUGGAAGAUCAUUUGGUCGAUGACAUAGUUUGAAAAUGUAACGAUAUAAAUGGAACGUACAAAUCCGACGUAAAAAGUCCUUCCAGAAUGCGUGCGGACCCAGCUUAUGCCUUUCGUGUCAGUAUCACGAGGAGGUUCGCCCUCUCGUGUUCCCCGAGCGAGUCGUUAGUCCCUAAAGCCCACCCCUCGAUCCGGCCCUAUGUCUCUCCCUUCCGCGACAGCGCGAAAUUCUAACAGCGUCGAUCGAAACGAUUCAAAAAGUACGCGCUUUUCAAUCAGGGAAUAUCGAAAAGUAUUUUCUAUGUAUUUUUAUAAGCGCUCGAACGAAUUUAUUCGUUGAAUGUUCGUUCGAGAUCCUACGGGGAAGGCAUUAGCACUGGACGAUGCUCAAAAUCAGGGUCUGCGUCCAAAAGGAGGACGUUUGAAAUUGCACGGUCGGUUUAGCGGGCUAACGAGGACGCACACCCUGAUCUCGUUGCAAGAAUCGGUCCACAUACUCUUUUGCGUCCUCGAACCUCGUGUCUUUCAAUCAUACAAUCGAACAAUCGCUUCGUAUCGUCCUCUACCUCUCGAACGCGUCCACGUGUCUCGUUCCUACUUCAAAACGCCCUUCGUGUUCCAGACACGCUAAAAUCUCGCACUUUUCUCACGUAUUUUCCAGUAAACCCUCAUUUCUUUUUCUCUCUCUCUCUCUCUCUCUCUCUCUUCCUAUUUCCUUUUCACGAUCCAACCGAACAAACGGCUAUCUUUUCCUAGAUUUUCGAAAAGUCAACCCCGUCGCGAUCCCUCGUUAACAAUUCUUUCACCGCCAACAAACCCCACAAGUAUGUAAAUCGUUAUUAAUCGUGAUCAUCGUUGUUGAACCGGGAGUUUUCCUUUGUAAAUAUGUAUAUAUAUAUAACAUGUUAUAGAUAUGUAUACAUGGGUUACGUGUCUAAUCGUACGAGCAGAGACAGAGAGUGACAGAGGGAGAGAAAGGGAACCCGUUAAAAUCUUUCACUUUCCUCCUUUUAAUCUUGCCGCCCUACUUUCCCCUCCUUUCCUAUCGGCUCUCCUUCCCAAUCGUUCCCUCCCUCCCGCUACGUCGCGAUCAUUUACGUGUAAUAUAAGUAUGAGUUUAGCCACGAUUAAUAUUAUGUAUAUGUUGCUCUAUUUAUUAACAAAACCUCUAUAUAUAUAUAUAUGUAUAUUGAAGAAAGAUAUAUAUAUAAAGAUAUACAGAAAGAUAUACAUAUAUAUGUAUAUAUAUAUGGAUAUACAUAUAUAUUGUUAAAAUUAAAGGAUUAUUUUUAUUAUGAUUAUUAUAUUAAAAUUGUAUUAAUAACGAUUACGAUUAUCAUGAAACGUUCUCUAUCACGAUGUUUACAUCGACGCGUGUGCGAUAUUAUCCGCUAUUGUUCUAGAUAGGUCGGAAAAUAUGUUGGCAGUGGAACGGGUACGCGCACGCGCGUUCUUGAUGAAUAAAAACAGAGAGAGAAAAAGAUUACGCGUGAGUGUAUAUAUAACGUAUGUGUAUGCGUGUGUAGGAGAGAACGAGAAAGUCAAAAAAAUAGUGAGAAAAGGAAGAUACAGAACUUUUUUUUACGGAUGAUAUUACGCUAUAGUUGGGUAAAUUAUGUGUAACUACUACGCCAUAUGGUGCUCCGAGUGCAAUGCACAGAGAAAAGAAUCUUUCGACUAUCUGUAUAUUUAUGUUGUAAUCAUCGUUGCCGUUUAAUCUGGCUCGUUCCCUACGACGAUUAUUAACAAAAAUACAAAGUUAACAUUGAACAGCAAAA